AUGGCUCAAGUCUAUCAGAAGAGCCACUAUGACUAUGACGGCAUGCAGCGAUCAGAGCGACGACCCUCACGUGGUCCUGUUCACACGGUUGAUCGAGGUGUUCCGUACGUAGCAUACUCGACCAGACCGGACCCACGCAAUGAGUCGAGGACUUAUGUCCUUCCAACUCCGAUCCAUGACAUAGGAGAGGAUAGCGACUCAGGUUCUGCCAGGAAACGUACCUCCAUGGCUUGCUCGCGUUGCAGAAGAAGAAAAAUCAAGUGCAGCGGCGGGCAACCUUGCCAGGCGUGUCGAAGUGCUGGAGUGGAGGCCAGCACUUGCUUGUACUGCAGAGUAGGCACGAGCCAAACUUUCGACCUCGAUACUUCCGUUGGUGGGCCCUCUCCUCUGGCCCCAAUCUCACCUUACAGCCCUGUAACACCUAACGGCACGGGUUAUCCUGCAUAUCCGACAGAUGACAGGUCUUCAUCGGUACCCGUUUAUGGCAGAUCUGGAUAUCCUCAGACAUCUCUCCCUGCUUACAGCUACGACCUUGAUACUCCGACAUACGCAGUCAGUGAUGAGUCUCGAUCAUGGACGACAGGAAGCCGCCCUAGCACAGGGAUGAGCUAUUUCCAGCAAGAGAGUCCUGCAUCUUACGACUACCCUACCCCGAUCUCUAGAAUCUCAAGCGAUUCAAGCGAACCUCUUUCUCCUCUGAACAUGAGUACUUUGCAGCACUCACUUCCUCUCCCUCUCGAGCGCCGUCUGCCUGCUCCCAAUUUUGUCGGCACCCCAGUAGCUUCUGACAAUGACAUCCGCGGCCCCAUCAGUGCCCGCCUCUCAAGUUUGAGCAUCAGCAGACCGUACAGUAGGAGCAAUAGUACCUCUUGGGCAUCGGACGGCGUUGAACGUCGCCAACCAUCUAUCCAUGAUCUUGCAGAGGCAAGUAUGAUGCUUCCACCAGUCACACGCGGACUACAUGCAACUGCAGCAACUUUGCCGGCUCUCAGUCAUGAUAGUGCUCCCAUGUCCACCGCCAUGUUUGUGUCGUCUGGAAAUGACGGUCUGAUUCAAGCUUCCACCAGUACCGCUCAACCUGCCUACUACUCUGCCACUACUUCAGCACUUCCAUCCUUGACCACCGGAAUGCUUCCUCCGACAAACUACGCCCGUUACACAGCCAUCAACAAUAGCAAUUCUUCUCUGCCAGUCAUCAACUCGGGUGAUCGUACAGACACUGCGUCCUACUACGGCUGGACGCCUGCAAACGCCAGUAGCACCGAGGUCCUGCCUGUAAUCAAUACAGUUGAAGUCACUUCUCAGUCCAAUGCUAGCGCCGAUCGCAGAAACAGCUCCGCGCAACUCUCAACAGGCUAUCCACCUCUACACCACCCACGACCAAAGAUCGUUCCAUCCACGCCUCACGCCACGACACUCGAGAAGCAUGAUCGCGUACAGCAGAAAGAUGCAAAGAGUCAAAGACCCUCUUCUGCGUCCAGUCAGCACAAGUCUUCCUCUGGCUCUUCGGGUGCAGGUUCCAGCAAAAAGAACAGUCACAAGUCCAACAAAGGAAGUCUGUGA